AUAUUGGCGCGGCAAUGACUCGGGACGUGUCCAAAACGAGUUGUGAGCCAUAUGACAAACCUUGUGUGAUUUGACCAUAAAACCAAAGCUGACGGAUUUAGAAAAAUAAAUAAAGGCAAACAAACCCCAUUUCAGAAAGAGCUAAGCAAAAGAGAAAUGUCCCCAAUGGCGUCUAAUUCCUCAAACAAUUCAAUACUUCCGCUAUCAACUUCUCCAAGCGAUGACAAAGAGAAAGAAAGACUGAUUAAAGGAGAUGAUAAGAUUUUUAGGGGAUCCGCCAUGACUAAAAGAGGAGCUUACGCUGCCAUAUCUUACAUGUCUUGUGCUGUGCUUUUGGUAAUUUUCAACAAAGCAGCUCUUUCGUCUUUUAACUUUCCUAGUGCGAAUGUCAUUACACUCUUCCAGAUGAUAAGUUCAGUCUCUUUUCUAUAUGCAUUGAGACGCUGGAGGAUUAUCUCUUUCACUGUGGGUGAAUCUGUACCUAUUUCUGAUGGCAAGCCUACUUUUGUACCAUUUGAGACAUUGAUGCACACCCUGCCUCUUUCAGCUGCAUAUUUGCUUUACAUGCUAGUUACAAUGGAGUCUGUUCGUGGAGUAAAUGUCCCCAUGUACACUACGCUUAGGCGGACUACAGUAGCAUUUACAAUGGUUAUGGAGUACUUUCUGGCAGGGCAGAGAUAUACACCUCCUAUUGUUGGAAGUGUGGGAGUGAUUAUUUUUGGUGCAUUCAUUGCGGGAGCUCGGGACUUGUCAUUUGACUUCUAUGGAUAUGCUGUUGUCUUCUUAGCCAACAUUACGACAGCAAUUUAUCUUGCAACAAUAAGCCGUAUUGGUAAAUCCAGUGGCCUCAAUAGCUUUGGCCUUAUGUGGUGCAAUGGAAUUUUAUGCGGACCGGUGUUGCUGUUUUGGACAUUUUUUCGUGGCGAAUUAGAGAUGACAAUAAAUUUCCCGUAUCUUUUUACCCCGGGUUUCAUGGCUGUGCUACUUCUUUCCUGUCUACUAGCUUUCUUCUUGAAUUACAGUAUUUUUCUGAACACUACUCUCAAUUCAGCGCUCACACAGACAAUUUGCGGUAACCUGAAGGACCUAUUCACCAUUGGACUAGGCUGGAUAAUUUUUGGUGGGCUUCCUUUUGAUACUUUCAAUGUUAUUGGACAACUGCUUGGAUUUUUUGGCUCUGGUUUGUAUGCCUACUAUAAGCUCAUGGGGAGGUAAUGGCUCGGACCACAUGCCUAAUGUAAGCUUCUGGCAAAUUAAUUGGUCAGACCAUCUGGGAAUGUUCAUCAAUGGAGGUCGCUGAUAACUGCUCCAAUUCCUACACUGGUUUAUCAAAUAAUGCGCGGCUGAAAGAGAUUUACUGACAUCUAGUUGAUUUCUGAUGAGUAGGAAGUUACUAAUCCAACUUUUUAGUCGAGGCAUACUUCUGCCUGUAUUCCCUCUUGCAGCCAUCAGCAUCACAAGAAUGGUCCUUUCUUUUACUCAAUUUCUUUCACCAUCCAAAACAUAUAAAAAUUGCAGAAAAUUUAGGACGCACAUAUUGUUAGAAGAAAAAACUUGCUACCGAUCACAUAGUUUUCAGUAUUAGAUUCCUCCCCCCCAACCCUCCUACGGGUUACAUUACAAGCAAUUUAGUGUAUGAUCAAACCAAAUUUGAUGCAAUUGAAAUGAUGCUAUCCUUACUAUC